UCCAACCGGCCUUGAGCAGCUAGAGCUCGGACAGCUGUAGUAGUCAAUUGUCGUGCUUGUCUUUUUGCUCGAGCAUCAACAGGGAACUGAGAGCAAGUCAUCCGCCAUCUACAAAAACCAGCAUCAUGCCGCUGCCCAAACGCAUUCUGAAGGAAACGGAAAAUCUUCGCCGGGAGAGCGACGAGAAUGGCAUCACAGCUGCACCACACCCAAACAACCCGCGUCACUUUUUGAUCACCCUUCGCGGCCCCAGUGAUUCUCCCUACGAAGGUGGUGUCUUCAACCUUGAGCUCUUCCUGCCCGCAGAUUACCCGAUGGCCCCGCCCAAAGUCCGCUUUUUGACCCGCAUUUACCAUCCCAACAUUGAUAAAAUUGGCCGCAUUUGCCUCGACGUUAUCAAGGACAAAUGGUCUCCUGCGCUGCAGAUUCGUACAGUCUUGCUCUCCAUUCAGGCAUUGCUUUCGGCGCCCGAGCCUGAUGACCCCCUGGACACCACCAUCGCCGAGCUGUGGCAAACCAAUAACGCCCAAGCCCUGGCCAAUGCGCGAGAGUGGACUCGUCGUUAUGCUCAAGCGUAGUCAAGUGUUUCUAUUGCCCGCAUUUUUCAUUCCUUUGCCCUCUUGUCAUUCUUGUGCAAAACCCUUCGCGCUUUCAGCCCAUGCUUACACCUCCUCUCCUUCCUCCUUGUCUCCUUAAACCAAUUGAGCGCAGAACAGUC